AUGUCAGCAAAAUUUGAUCUCUGCCAAGAAAAAAAAGACAUUAUGAAGGACAAACUCGUCAAAUGCAGCUCUCGCCUUGAAAAGAAGAAAACAGGCGCUUCAGACACAACAAUGCCGCUGCGACUCAAUCCUUUCAGCACGACGCUCGUAGAGGCGUGGUUCAUCUAUUUUGAGAGCGUGCUACGAUGUCGGGGAAUCAGCGACAAAAAAGUUUUUCACCAACUCUUGUUAGAAAGUUUAUCGUUGGAGACGAUCGAAGAAAUAGAGGAUGAAAUCGUCUCCGCAACUACGUACAAUGUAUUGAAGGAGAAUUUAAUUAAUAAAUAUUCUUUUUCGCAGAAAAAGUCAGUGGAACAUUUAACAAAGUCAACUAGCGCAGGAUCAUUGAACGACUCACUGCAUCAAUUAGCAGCUGUUGUCAACCAGUUGCAUGAUUGCAAUAACAAAAAGUCACGCGACGCCGUACCAAAACUUGCCGAACAAAUUUGUGGACGUUGUGAGCGAAGCCUGUCACACGAUGAAGCUGUUCUAAGAAAUAUUUGCUGGUACCACAAGCGGUUUGCUGAAAAUUCUAAAAAAUGCGUGCCACCGUGCAGUUAUUAUUCUGAGGCUGUGGCAACAACUAGUCGCAAAAAGUCCAAUCGCCAUCUCAAUCAUGCUUCAGCAAGCAAAGAGAGAUCAAAGACCAGCAAACAACUGGAGCACGAUUUACGUUUUGUGUUAGAUUUUAUCACCUGCCGAUUUUUGGUCGUGUUUAAUUUAUACCAAUAG